CAGGCCAGUGUAGCCCUGACAGUGGUGCCGAGUGGGUGCUUGGAGCGUGCUGCAGUUUUGUAUAGUGCGGGUAGCAUGGUCGCUUUACAACUCCAUUUUUCAGUGAUAGUCUUAUGACCUCGAGUCAUCAUCAAGGGCAAUUUUCAUAUCUCAAACUGAGCCGAGUAAAAUUCUAUGUGAGCUUGUUUUCAACUUCACGACUCCACAUUAAAAUAGUAUUGAUAUAAUUCCCAAUAAAUCUACACGUAACUACGCGACCAUAUAGUUUUGUUUACUAUAGGUGAGCACACAUCAUUCGUCAAUGAUGAGAUAAUUAAAUGAUGUAUAGUAUUGUUGGAGUUAUAAUUACGUCACGUCGGAAGAACAGUCGAACUGUGAACAUCUUAAUUAAGGUUAUAAUAAACGCAACAUUAAAAAAAGAAAUAAACGGUAUUUAUACAGCCUGUUCUCUCGUGUUGUCAGAGAGAUAUAUAAACUGUAUUAAACUGCCCGAACCUAACCUAACCGAGAACCUGCGCAUAGAAAACGUGAAUGGUUGUGAGCCGCAGUGAUUUCCAGCACGACAUAAACGGUGGGGGAUUUUGAUGUCAAAAUGAAAUGUAUUAUUUGAGAAGACAGGUUUAACUCCACUGUGCAAGCAACCAUGUAGGCGCCUCGGAUAAUUAAAUAAUGAAACAUGGAGUUUGUAAUUAGUAAGACGAAGUUGUGCAAGUUGUAAUCUCUAGUAUAAGAGAAACUUAUUAAAUAUUAUACGCUGUAAAUACGAAGAAAUAGUACAUGUGAGGUAUUGAAAAAGUGAAGUAUGUGUUGAAAAAGGCGUAUUUUUUUUUUAACUAUUACUUUGUGUUAAUAAAUGAUUUACGUUACACAAAUAUGUAUAAGAGGAAGCCUCACAAACUAUAAUUGUAUGUCAAAUCCGAUCACAGGUACACAGACUUACACACAGAUACCUCAUUACAGAAGGCACUUUACAUAGAACCAUGAAUAUAAUUUAAAAUCAAUAACAAACGCCAUUAUAAGAACAAAAAAAAUGAGUCUUCCGAAAGUACAGAGACACACCUUGGUGCUCAGCUUAAGCUUUUUCACUGUAGCUGUGUACUUAAUCUUCCACAAUGGUGAGAACUCCGCCGUGAGCACGCCCACCUACCCUGACCCCCUGCCAGGGUCAGUGUGGGCGGCGGUGGGCGACGACCAGCACCAGCCAGACACUAAGACGCCCUCGUCUGGGACACUCGGCCGCCUCUCUACGCCCACAGAAUACAAUACCUGGAAGACUAUAUUAUUUUGGGACAAGUGGUUUGGGGGUGACUGGUCCAACAGAUUCGGGGCCUCCAGCUCCUGGGCCCUGCAGGGCGAGGGCUGCCCCACCUGGCAGUGCCGCUUCACCUACGACCGCUCGCUUCUGCGCGGCGCUCACGCCGUCCUCUUCCGCGCCCUCGCGUACCCAUGGGAAGUACUUCCCAAGCGGAGAGAGCCGGAGGAGCAGCGGUGGGUACUGGUAGAUGUGGAGGCGCCGCCGGAAGGUCCACCAGCCAGCAGUCGUCGCUCCAAACAAGCAAGUUCAUUCAUCAACUGGACCAUGACCUACCACUCACAGUCAGACGUGGUUGCCUACAAUGGCUACUUCCUCUCCCAUAACGCUUCAGUUAGGCCUUUACGUCCCAAUCGGAUGAGAGACCACGCGACAGCUGUGGCAGGAGUGAAGGAGGCGCUGAAGAGGGGCGCUUCUCUGGAGGAGGUGCUUGGGUCCUCCUGGCUCAGCCUCGUCAACAAACCCCGCGUGGUGGCUUGGAUGUCUGGCCACUGUCACACCAGGUCCAGGAGGGAGCAGUACGUCGCCGAACUAAAGAAAUAUCUUCCCGUUGAUACGUAUGGCCAGUGUGGCAGUCUGGUGUGUGGACCAAAGAGCGUGUUGGGAGGCAAGUGCUGGGAACAGGUGCUUCAGCCCAAUUACUCAUUUUACCUGUCCAUGGAAAAUGCCUUUUGUGACGAUUACAUCACUGAAAAGCUCUACAACCCCCUCGUUCACAAUAUUGUUCCUGUCGUAUGGGGCGGAGCGGACUACAGGCGGUACCUGCCUCCACACUCCUACAUCGACGCCCGCCACUACCACCCCAAGCAGCUGGCGGGUCUCCUCCUGCGUCUCCAUCAGGACCCUGUCGCCUACGGCAGGUACCACAUAUGGCGGGCCUACCUGCGACCUGUGUUGAAGGGCAGUCUUUGUGAACUGUGUCACCUGGUACACACCAACACCUCGCGCCACCACUACACCAACCUCCCAGACACUAGGUUCAGCCGGGGUCGAUGUACUACACUUCCAUCCUCGCUCUUCGGCCCGUCCAGCCCUCACUCCUGGAAGAAAGUCAUCACCACUAAUUACUCCGAGACGGACAGCAGCAGAAGUAUUCCAUAGCGUACUUGGAUAAAAUGUGCGUUAAAUAGGCAGGAAGGUUGUAAUAUUAUUCUGUACAACUUUUGUACAAAUUGGCAAUGAACUUGAGCUCCUGGGAUCAAGAGUUAAUGUUCGAUCCUGCACGCACAAAUAGGUAAGUGCACACACACACACACCCCACACACACACACACACACCCACACACGUGGAAAGACUGUGGGAAUUAAACCUCACGUCACUGGGAGACAGAAG